AUGGAUGUUGGCGAUAUCGAGCUUUCACCCGAUGGUCGAACUAUUGGCAUCUCAUAUACCGACUUCGUGGUUGGAAACGCUUCGAUCGAGUUGUGGAGCGUGACGUCUACGGAGAGAGUUUGGAGGGAGUCUUCUCCAAGACGUGUUGAUUGCUUCAGUUUCAAGUUCUCACCAGAUAGUAGAUUCUUCGCUUCCUGUUGGGGUGGUCGUCAGAUUAAUGAUCCUGGUUUAUGGACUAUUAUGGACCUCUCCACAUUGGAGGAAAGAAUGGCGGAAUACAGUCCCUUAUUGGCGUUUCAUCCUAAAUGCCAACGCUUCGCGAUGCUGAACUUCACCGAGGAUGGGUACGGGUAUGUCGAGGUUAGGGAAACUUCUUCUAUGAGCUUGGUAUGCAAGAUUGAGCAUUACGCUGAAGAGACCGCAUGGAUGGCUUUCACGCCAAGCGGAAGGCUUGUAUUGUCGGAGGCUAGAGAUGGUGAUGAGUCGGAGCCGACAGUCUGGAUGUGGGACAUUGAAAAGGGAUCUGAGGUUGGCUCUUAUACUAUUGAUGGAAUUAUUGACACUUUCUGGAUCUCAGAGGACGGAUGCCUGAAUUGCUCAAACGGUCGACUUCCUCUACCCUCAUUCCGCCUUGAUCAAGAGGACAAAGAUCUAGACAAAAUAACGCAUGAUCAGGCUCUUCUAUUUUUGGGACAGGAAUGGAUCUAUCGAGGACUGGAGAAGAUAAUGCGGCUUCCUCCCGCAUUUGCAUCAUCGAAAUCAGUCCUGAAUGGCAACACCCUUGCUAUGGCUUACAGAGAUCGGGACCUAAGAGUUAUAAAGUUUGACCUAGAUAAGAUGCCAGUAUAG